CCCCCCCCCCCCCCUCCCCCCGUCCGUACGGUCCUAGUAUCAGAGUCCAUCCCCUGCUGCAUAUAUAGCCCCUCACCUGCUCUCAGUCAUUCACCUAUUUACUUCCUCCUCUCCCUCCUCCCUUCGUCCCUCGCCUCCUCCUCUUACUUAUAUAUCUACUGCUCUCGUCUCGUCUGCGAAUCGUUGUUUUGCCAUUCUCUCCUCCAGAUCUCCCACUCGUCCUUACAUCUAUAAAGCUUCCAGCCAUGUCAGCAGCAGCUCCUUCCCGUUCCGCGCGGCGCGGCGACUUCAUGAGGAGCCCUCUAGUGGCGGCGGCGCUUCCCUUCGUCAACGGCGGUGCUGCCGGUAUGAUUGCGACUUCCAUCAUCCAGCCGGUGGACAUGGUCAAGGUCCGUCUGCAACUGGCCGGUGAAGGUCUAUCCGCCGCCGCCCGCCCCUCGCCCUUCACAAUCACCCGUGAUAUCAUCGCGCAAGGCCGCUUCCUCGAUCUCUACUCCGGUCUAUCCGCGGGUCUCCUGCGACAAGCUGUCUACACCACAGCUCGCAUGGGGUUCUUCAGCACCUUCAUGGGGAAAUUCGGCACGAAAGCUAAAGCCGAGAACCGUUCCGUAACUUUCGCGGAGCGCUCGGGCGCCUCGCUCGCCGCUGGCGGUCUCGGCGCUAUCCUCGGCAAUCCCGCCGAUCUCGCCCUGAUCCGCAUGCAAUCCGACGGCAUGCGCCCCGCUGCCGAGAGGAAGAACUACUCUUCCGUUGUCAAUGCGCUCACCCGCAUCGCAAAGGCCGAGGGCAUCUUGGCCCUUUGGAACGGCUGCAUCCCUACCGUCGCCCGCGCUAUGGCGCUGAACUUUGGACAGUUGGCCUUCUACUCGGAGACCAAAGCCCAACUGUCGGCUUACGGCGCGUUCGAGGGAUACCGUGGACAGGAGGCAUACCGUAACCUUGGCGCCAGUGCCGUCGCUGGUUUCUUUGCGUCCUUCUUCAGUCUGCCGUUCGACUUUGUCAAGACCAGGCUGCAGAAACAGACCAAGGGACCGGAUGGAAAGUUGCCGUAUCGUGGAACCAUGCAUUGCGCGAUGAAGGUUGCAAAGGAGGAGGGUCUGUUGAGGUUCUACAGGGGCUUCGGAACCUAUUACGUGCGUAUCGCACCGCACGCCAUGUUGACGGUGCUAUUUGCGGACUGGUUCCUGCAAUUGACCAAGUCGGGCAGCGUGUAAAAGUACCGUAUGUACAAGAAGUAUAGACUGGGUGGUAAUGGCUGUGAAAUAUAGGAGGCCGGAAGUGGGGGGUGGGAGGAUGAGAUGGUUACGACGCGAUAUGACGAGCAUUUUGUUUGGGACAGUUUUUGGGGACUUUCUUUUUUUUCUUCUUUCUUUUCGUUCUUGGUUGCGUAUCGUCUUGGUGCUGGGAUUGGCUUUUGUAUGUAUGGGUGUAAUUUCUUGCGAUCGAUCCAUCUUUCUUGACCGAGCGCCGGAGGCGCGUGAGCGAAAUAUGUACCUCGCACCGCAUGUCGAUCAUGGGGUGAUGUGUGCUAUGGAUGGGCGGGUGGAGCGGAUAAACGUCGUGACGGCGAGACGGCUACCUACCGUGUGUUCCAUUGAAACACGUUUACGGC